GCGCUUGCAGCUGCUGCGGGCAUUCCGCGUGCACGACUAUGCAGUAAUACGUUACUCAGUAGUUAGGUAUAUAUAGGCUGAACAUCGCCGGACUUAUAUCGGGUCCUAAAUCAAGCCAGGUCAGAGGAGGGGUGUCUGUCGAAUCUUUUCUCUCUACUACCUACCUUUGGAUGGUUUUCAGGUCGACAUGACGAUCCAAGCAGUCGUUGCGGUUAUCGCCGUGGUAUACUCCCUCAUCAGAUACUUCAACCGAACUGAUAUCCCCAAGAUCAAAAACCUUCCCGAGAUCCCGGGGGUGCCUCUUUUCGGAAACCUGAUUCAAUUAGGCGAGGAGCAUGCGAAGAAGACAGCAGAAUGGGUGAAGCAAUACGGCCCUGUCUUCCAGGUUCGGAUGGGGAAUAAGAGAAUCAUUUUUGCGAAUACUUUCGACUCCGUCAAGUACUUCUGGGUCACUCAUCAGUCUGCAUUGAUCUCUCGCCCGACCCUGCAUACUUUUCACACUGUCGUUUCGAGCUCUCAGGGCUUCACGAUCGGGACGUCACCGUGGGAUGAAUCUUGCAAGCGGAGACGGAAGGCUGCUGCGACGGCGCUGAAUAGACCGGCCGUGCAGUCCUAUAUGCCGAUUAUCGAUCUCGAAUCGAAUGCAAGUAUUAAGGAACUCCUCCAGGAUAGCAAGGAUGGGACGGUUGAUAUUGAUCCGAAUCCAUAUUUCCAGCGGUUCGCGCUGAACACUAGCUUGACGCUGAACUAUGGCAUUCGCAUCGACGGAAACAUUGAGGAUGAGCUGCUGAAGGAAAUCUGUCUGGUUGAGCGCGAAGUAAGCAACUUCCGCAGUACGAGCAACAACUGGCAGGAUUACAUCCCAUUGCUGCGUCUUUGGCCAAGCAUGAGCACAAAAGCGAAAGAGUUCCGUGAGCGAAGAGAUGCGUAUCUCUCGUUGCUUUUGGAUAUGUUGAGAGAUCGCAUUUCCAAGGGUACUGAUAAACCAUGCAUCACGGGAAAUAUCCUCAAAGACCCAGAAGCCAAGCUAAAUGAAGCGGAGGUGAAAUCAAUCUGUCUAACCAUGGUAUCCGCCGGACUCGACACUGUCCCCGGCAACCUCAUCAUGGGCAUCGCCUACCUCUCCAGCGCACACGGCCAAGAGAUCCAGCAACGAGCCUAUAACGAGAUCAUAAAAGUCUACCCUGACGGAGACGCAUGGGAGAGAUGUCUUCUCGAAGAGAAAGUGCCAUACAUCACAGCUCUAGUCAAAGAGGUUCUGCGCUUCUGGACGGUUAUUCCAAUCUGCCUUCCACGUGUCAGUAUCAAAGAUAUUCUUUGGAAGAAUGCUGUUAUUCCUGCAGGAUCUACCUUUUUCAUGAAUGCCUACGCAGCCGAUAACGACGAAACACACUUCAAAUCUCCCUUCUCAUUUAACCCAGACCGCUACCUCGACGUCCCUGACGGCUCUGGAACGCCUCAUUACGCCUACGGUGCCGGAAGCCGUAUGUGCGCUGGCUCGCACCUCGCUAAUCGAGAACUGUACACUGCGUUCCUGCGACUUAUCAGCGCAUUUGAGAUCGUGCCCGCAAAGAACCGCGCGGAUGAUCCGAUCCUUGAUCCGUUGGAGUGUAAUAUGACAAAGACUUCUUUGACGUUGGACCCGAAGCCAUUCAAGGUCGGGUUCAGGGUGCGCGAUCGCGCGAAGUUGGAGGAGUGGAUUAGAAGCAGUGACGAAAGGACGAAGGAGUUGUGAGUUGAUUUGAGGGGAUGAGGUAAAGCGAUCAGCUGGAUGAGAUCUGUCCUUGGUAUAUUAGAUACCGUGUUGUACGAAAUUAGCCUCUGGCAUUUUGCACGUUCUGACCAUUAGCAUGUUUGAUUUAUGUUCCAUUCUGCAUUUCAAUGAAAUCUCAAAUAUCGAAGCAUAGUCCUGAAUCUCCACAAUAGGCUUAGGAGCAGAAAUGGAGAUAUCCAGGAAAUUAAUAUCCAGGCGGUAUUUGGUGCUAUUUAUUAACUCCAUAUUCCUACAAAUAGUAUGCAAUAGAAGAGGACAGGAAGUCUAACUAGUCGGUGAUUGUUAAGUAUUCAGUCUGGCCGUGGCUGAGAAAAUUCCGAUUAUUC